AUGCGCACGCGAGGAAGUCAAGAAAAGGGCGCGACCGACGACGGGUUCGGGGGGGAAAGACCGACGUCGAAACGACGAGGACGAUGCGUCGCGCACGUGGACGCGGACGCGUUUUUCGCGGCGGUGGAGAAACAAAGGAAUCCGAGGUUGAGAGACGUGCCGGUGGCGGUGCGGCAGCAUGGGGAUAUCAUAUGCGUCGAUCAUCGCGCGCGGGAGUUAGGGGCGACGAAACACAUGAAUCCGGACAAGUGUCGGGCGUUGUUGACGCCGCACGGCGGCGAGGUGGUGCACGUGCACUCGACGGACGAUCACAUGUUGAGUUACGAGCCGUACACGCGCGCUUCGUACGAAUUGCACGCGAAGCUGUACGCUGCGUGUGAACGGUUGCGGGUCGACGGUGGCACGCUGAUUUAUCAAAGAGCGUCCGUGGACGAGGCGUACGUGCAGCUCGAAAACGGUGCCAAGCCAUCCCAGCGAGGAAAGGCGUUUGCGGAAUCCAUACGUCGAGCGAUCGCGGAAGAGUGCGGGUACAGCGUGUCCGUCGGCGUCGCGCGAAACAAGAUGUUGGCGAAAAUCGCUUCGAAGUUAGCGAAACCGAACGGUGUCGUCGUCAUUGAAGACGAAGCCGAUCUCGAAAGAUGCUUUCGCCAACUGCCGAGUUCGCAUUUGCCAAAGUGCAACGAACCUUUGAUUCGUAGGAACCUCGCGUUGCAUAAUUUACGCACCGCUUGGGAUGUUCGCGAGCUAAACGCGAAGCGGUUGGAGGCGCUCGUAGGACUCACGCGCGAAAGGGCGCUGGCUUUGUGCAAAGCCGCGCAUGGCGUCGACGACUCUGAAGUCGUGCACAAGGUGCACGAAAAGAAUACGCUCAGCUCUUCGAUGACGCUCACGAUGGUACCAAAGCCGUUACCAAAAAACGUAGGUAGCGACGUCGGUGUCACGGGUGGACCAGCGGGAUGGUACAAUCCAUUGACGUGCGGCGAACGAGAGAGAAUUGGGCUCACUCUCGGCGCGCGCGCGCGCGACUUGUACUCCACCAUCAAAGUGCAUCAGGCAUACACGGAGCGCUGGCCCUCGACGCUCACGGUGAAGAUGGCCAUCGAAGGAACGUCAGUGCAGUACUCUAAGAGCGCUGCUUUCCCUGUAAAGUUCGAAGACGCGACGUCGGAAACCGCGGAAGACGUCCUGACCAAAAAGGCCACCGAGCUCGCUUUACUCACCGUGGGAAAACGCACGACGGACAAGAUUCGUGAAGUCGCCGUGGUCAACAGCAACUCGAAAGAGACGUGA